AUGUAUUUCAGGAACUUGUUACUUCGUACUCCUGAUACAGUUGCCAAAUUUCAGAGUGUUCCUGGACAAACUGGGCAAACACCACCCCUUUUGCAGUAUUUUGGUACUCUCUUGACCAGAGGAAAGCUUAAUGCUUACGAGUCAUUGGAACUAUCACGUCUUGUUGUGAACCAGAACAAGAAUAAUUUGUUGGAAAAUUGGCUAGCAGAAGACAAAUUAGAAUGCAGCGAGGAGCUAGGAGAUCUUGUGAAGUAUCUAGCUUCUGUUAUGCUUCUACUUCUGGGGGUCUCUACUAUUGGAGUACCAAGCUUGCUUAGGUCUAAAGUUUAG